CUACUCAAAAUUUCCAGAACUGGUCAGAACCUGCUGAAUACUACCUCUGUUGCAGUUGUGAUAGUAAAUCAAGAAUUAUCUCUAUAUUGGAUUUUCUCUGAAAGCUUGUAUCCUACCUAUUCCUAAAAAGAGCUCAAGAGGCAAAGAAAAUAAGUAAAAUUAAUAAAUAGUUUAUAAAAAUAUUGAACAGAACUAAAAAUAUCCAAGUUCAAUUAGAGUUUUGACUGAAUUCCUUAGACAUUUUUAACAUACCACCUAACUGUACAAUAUCAGAGUUCAACACAUCUUGCUACAGAAUUGCAUAAGGUGAGUGCCACAUAGAAGCUGAGUCUUGGGAUUAACUGCAUUAAAGAAAUUGGGAGAUAAAGAAUUAUCACGUGACUGGAGCGUGUAAAUAGGAAGAUAUGGGAGAAAACGAUGCUCAGCGUCUUAAAAGAAAGGAAUCUUUCAUAUGAGGAAAACCUUCAUUAUUUAGUGCAUGUGAUGGCCUGUAGGAUCUUGGGAGAUGGUGCCUCAGCCUACCAACAGUCAUGCAAAAGGUAUCUCAGCCCAUAGAAGGAAAACAAGCAUCUCACAAGAAUCCCUCUCUGGUUUUGUGGAAAGUAAAAGUAAAGGAGGGAAGAAGUGCUUUCAGAAUUGUAAAAUACUGUUACAUUAAAGGCAAUUUAAUAAUUCAUGGUUUGUGCUUCUUGUCUGAACUACCUUGUAGAUUUAACACUAUACAUAUGUAAAACAAACUAUGUUUUUAAAAGCUUUAUUUGAUUAGUAUCUCUCAUGCAAAUAACAGAACAUCACUGAGAUAACAAAUACUGUAUUUGAGAUGUGACUUCCCCCAUGUUUUUUACAGGGCUAUUGAUAUUUCCUUGUCAUUAUUAAAAUGUUUCUCCUACUCCAGUAACUAUAAUUAUUCCUCUUUUAAUCAUUUGUGUAAAACCUGUUGAAACAAUAUUCAUUUCUACUUUUGGUCCUAUUGUAAUUUCGUUUCUCUGAAUAUAUAAAGUGGGUAUAUAAAAUGCAGCUUGAUUGAAGUUCUAUCUUGGGUUUUUUUCCUUUUUUGCCUGAGGUUUCGACCAAUAAAAGGAAGACAAGAGGAACUGAAGGAGGUGAUUGAGCGUUUUAAGAAAGAUGAGCACUUGGAAAAAGCCUUCAAGUCCUUGACGUCAGGUGACUGGGCCCGGCACUAUUUUCUUAACAAGAACAAAAUGCAGGAAAGGUUGUUCAAAGAACAUAAUAUUACACAUUGAGGAAAUUAGGGCUUCAUACAUUGAAAGUCUGUCCUUUGGAAAAAGGUAUUUAUUUAUUUACGAAUGUUUGCAACUGACAGUGGAUUUGAAAUAUUGCCAUGCAAUCGAUACUCAUCAGAGCAAAAUGGAGCCAAAAUAGUUGCAACAAAAGAGUGGAAACGAAAUGACAAGAUUGAGUUAUUAGUAGGUUGUAUUGCCGAACUCUCUGAACUAGAAGAGAAUAUGUUGCUCAGACAUGGAGAAAAUGACUUCAGUGUCAUGUAUUCAACACGGAAAAACUGUGCUCAACUGUGGCUUGGUCCAGCUGCUUUCAUUAAUCAUGAUUGCAGACCCAACUGUAAGUUUGUUUCAACUGGCCGGGAUACAGCAUGCGUGAAAGCUUUGCGAGAUAUUGAACCUGGGGAGGAAAUUUCUUGCUAUUACGGAGAUGGCUUUUUCGGAGAAAAUAAUGAAUUUUGUGAAUGCUACACAUGUGAAAGACGUGGAACUGGUGCUUUUAAAUCAAGAAUGGGACUGCCUGCACCUACUCCUGUGAUCAAUAGCAAAUACGGACUUAGAGAAACAGAUAAACGUUUAAACAGGCUUAAAAAAUUGGGUGAUAGCAGUAAAAAUUCUGACAGUCAAUCUGUCAGCUCUAACACUGAUGCAGAUACCACUCAGGAAAAAGCUAAUGCAACUACCCGCAAAUCUUCAAUUGGUGUAAAAAAGAACAGCAAGAACAGGACAUUAACCAGGCAGUCUAUUUCAAGAAUUCCAACUUCAUCAAAUUCUACCUCAUCCAGACUAACUCAUUUAAAUAAUUCCAGGGUACCAAAGAGACUGAAAAAGCCUGCAAAGCCUUUACUUUCAAAGAUAAAGUUGCGAAAUCAGUGCAAAAGGCCAGAACAAAAAAAUGCAUCUAGGAAACUCGAAAUGGGAAAUUUGGUUCUUAAAGAACCCAAAAUAGUUCUGUAUAAAAAUUUGCCCAUUAAGAAGGACAAAGAAACAGAGGGACCAGUGAAAGUUGCAGUGUCUAGUGGCUGCUUAACAAGGCAUGCAGCGCGAGAAUAUAAAUUAAAUUCAGUGAAAGGUGCUCAUGAACCUGGGGAAAUAUCACCCUGUACAUACAUAACACGGAGGUCAAUGAGAACGCGAACGAAUCUGAAAGAGACCUCUGACUUAAAGCUUGAACCAAAUAUGCUAAAUAGCUAUAAAAACAGUUUGACAGGCAUGCGAGCCAAUAGCUUGGAACAGGAGUCUCAUGUGCUUCUGGAGAGUGAGCAAUCUCUUAUGGCAGCACAGAAGGUGGAGGGGAGGUGUCAGAAGAGUGAAAGAGUUGUGGCCAAAAAGAAAUCUCGACAAGGGAGACUGGCGAAGCCAUCAGCAAAAAUGGAGGAAACAGAUUGUGCGCAUUCGUUGACUGGCAAAGAUAAAUUGCCAGAUUUGAUCAGUUCACAUUCUGACCUAGGAGAGAUAAACAGUGUAAUGGAUUCAGCCAUUGGAUAUAAAGACUGUGUCCCUGCAUCCGGUGGCUGUUCCAUUGUAACUUCUGACACUUUCAAAGUCAAAGAGCGCUUUAGAACUGCAAAAAGUAAAAAGAAAAGGCGAAUCACAAGGUAUGAUGCACAACUCAUUCUUGAAAACAGCUCUGGGAUUCCCAAACUUACUCUGCGAAGGCGGCAUGAUAGCAACAGCAAGACUAAUGACCAAGAAAAUGAUGGAAUGAAUUCUUCAAAAAUAAGCAUCAAAUUAAGUAAAGACCAUGAGAAAGAUAAUAAUUUAUAUGUAGCAAAGCUUAAUAAUGGGUUUAACUCAGGAUCAAGUAGUAGUUCAACAAAAUUAAAAAUACAGCUAAAGCGAGAAGAAGAAAAUAGGGGAAUGUACUCAGAUGACCUUCAUGAGAACGGAAUGUGUUGCAGUGAUCCUCUUUCACUACUAGAGUCACGGAUGGAAGUGGACAAUUAUAGUCAAUAUGAAGAAGAAACUAUUGAUGAUUCUUCAUCUGCAGAAGAGGAGGAGGAGGAGGAGGAAUAUGAGGAUGAUUUUGAGGAUGAUUUUAUUCCUCUGCCUCCAGCUAAGCGUUUAAGGCUUAUAGUUGGAAAGGAUUCAAUAGACAUUGACAUUUCUUCCAGGAGAAGAGAAGAUCAGUCUUUAAGGCUCAAUGCAUAAGCUUACAGGUCUUAAAUUGAAGAUGUCCAUUUUUUAAAAAAACAAAACAAAAUUCCAGACAAUUAUUCUUCAACUGAUUAACUUUCUCAAAAUGUUAGUGGAAGCACUUCUUUAUUGUUUGUUCACUUAUAUCAACAUAAUAUUGUAGAAAGUGUACAGCAUAUUGACUCCUUAAGUCAAGUUGUGCAGAUUUUUAUUGUACUUUUUAAUAGCCUUCUUAUGUGCAAUUCUGAGUUAGAGAAAAAUGCUCUAUUGUAAAAUAAAGGCUCAAGCAUAAUUACAAAAAUGCCAUCAGAUUUUUCCAUGAAGGAUAAUUAAAUCACAAUAAUGUGGCUAAACAAUUUUUAAUCUGUCAAGAGCAUUAUUUUGCUCUUACAUCUGACUAAAUAAUCUAAAAGAAAUCAUAGUAGUGGCCUAUUAAGGUUUCCUAGUAUGUUAAUAUCACCAGCAAUGAAAUACAGCUUUUCCGUUUAAUUGCUAGAUGUUUUCCCCUCUGAAGUUUGUCAGUUUUAACACUGUAUGCUGUCCCCAGACGUACUGUUUGUGGCCUUUGUUACAGUAGCAAACCGUUGGUUUGAAGUCAAAUUGAUUUCUU